AUGGGGUACGAUAAAGCAACUGUAUCUAGAGCAGUGAAUGAUGUAACUAAUGCGUUGCCCGAUGUUAAAGUCAACUUCAUCCAGUGGCCAAAAGACAUUAAUUCUAUAAACAGAAUGAAGUGUGGUUUCCACAGACAAAUGAACUUUCCAAAUGUUUUGGGAUGCAUUGAUUGCACGCACGUCAAGAUACAAGGGCCAUCAGAGGAUGAGGCAACUUUUGUCAACAGGAAGGGGUACCAUAGUGUGAACGUGCAGGCUGUGUGUGAUUACGAAGGGAAGUUUGCCAAUAUAUGUGCUAACUGGCCAGGGUCAACCCUUGAUUCCCACAUCUUCAACACCUCAAACCUGUGUCAGUACCUGGAGACAAACAACAGAGGACUUGCAGACGGUUUGAUCCUCGGAGAUAGCGGAAUGAAACCAGAAAGAGUCUGUCGAGUCUUUGGUGCUUGUGCUGUUCUACAUAACAUCGCUUUAACAAGGAAUGAACCUUUGGAUGAUUUUUGUGGUGUACAUGUUCAGCAAGACCAGCAAGUGCAAGUUCCGCAUUUUGAAAGAGAACAGGAUGGUACACACAUUAGAGAGCAUAUCGCUAGAUUUUUCUUCAAAUGA